AACAGAGGAAGGCUGGGUUCAGGUGCCCCCCCAAGGCCCCGCCUCUUCCCCUUGCACCUCGCUUCCUCUCUAGGGAGCUCUUUCAUUUCCUGUUACCCGGCCGGAACAGGCCACACUAUGGCUCCCUGGCUUCUGGUACCCUGAGGAUGGCUGAGUCAGUGGGCCCAGCUGGAGGACAGGGGCCCACCAGGGGGCAGAGGCUGUUUCCUCUACAGACAAAUGGAGCAGGCGAGACCUCUCGGCCUCUGGGCCCCCCAGCGUCACUUCUGCGCCUGCAGAGGGGCCGGGGGGUGUGGCAAGUCCCAGAUCUGGAUGCCCAGAGAGCCAAGGACCUUGUGCAACUGUGGCCACCAGGGAGUUUCCUGGUCGUCGGACGUGAUCCCAGCCAGAUCCUGGUACUGAGGACAGGACCUUUGCCAGGAGAAGUUAACACCUACCAGAUCCAGAAGUUUCCUGGAGGUGUGUCUCUGGAUUCCUCCAACAUCUGCAUGCCAGACCUGCCCCAUCUUCUGGCCUUCCUCUCAGCCAGCAGGGAUAUCUUGCCCAGAACAUUACUCUUGCCUUCUGCAGCUCUGGGACCUGGAGACAAACACCCAGAUGCACUGCUGGUUGGUGGGGUCCAACGUGACAUGUCCCGGAGGACAAUGUAUGUGGUAAAUCAGCUCUACCUGGAGACCCAUGGAGCCUGGGAGAUGGAGAAGGCCCCCCAAGAGUCUGAGACAGACACAGACACUGCCCAGACACAAGAAUCCAUGAAGCCAGCUCCCCACCGAGUCUCCUGGGUGGAAGGCCCGCUCAGCCCUGACGUGGGCCUUCGCGGCCCAGUUCUGGCGGGUCUGGCAGAGGAGCAGGAGGAAGAGGAGGGCAGUGGUGUCCACAAAGAUGAUGGGGAUGAAGACAAUGACCUCCUCACUGCUCACGUUCAAGCUCUUGCCAGGACCAGGAGCAGCUAUGUGGCCAAGCAGUACCGGAGUCUUCAAGCGCGCCUCACUUCAGUUUCUGGGGGGCCCCACAGGCCUGGAGACCCAGCCAUUGAGCUUCUUCAGGAUGUCCGCCACCUCCUGACAGACCUCCAGGGUUACUUGACCAAGGAUCCUGACGUCAGAGCUAUCUUUGAGAACAGGGGAUCUGGGGUGCCCCAGAAGGAGGAGAGUCUUGGCUCCGCCGUGGAGGCAGCCGUGUGCCGGGCAGUGCUGGCACCCCUCAAACCCGCCCUGUGGACGCGACUCCGCACCUUGCGGGCCCCGGAACUGCGGAGACUGCGGCGGAGACAAAUGGCCUUGCGAGCGGGAGCGGGACCUCCCGGCGCGCGGGGAGUGGGGCCUCGGGCCGCGCGAGGGGCGGGGCCUCGGGGGGCGGGGCCUGGGCGGCCGCACCCCCGCCCAGCCCUACGCAACCGCAUCCACGCACGCCUGCACAGCUUGCACGCCGCGUGCGCGCCGCGCCGCAAGGUGGCGCUGUUGCUGGCCGUGUGCGGCGACAUCUACGCGGGCCUGGCGAGUGCGGGGCUGGAGAGCCCAGAGCCCCUAGGGGCCGACGCGUUCCUGCCGGCCCUCACGGAGGAGCUGAUCUGGAGCCCCCACAUCGGGGAGACGCAGCUGGACGUGGAGUUUCUGAUGGAGCUCCUGGACCCCGAGGAGCUGCGGGGAGAGGCUGGGUACUACCUGACCUCGUGGUUUGGGGCACUGUACCACAUUGCCCAUUACCAGCCCGAGGCCGGCUGUGCACCCCAAGGGCUCAGCUCUGAGGUCCGUGCUUCCUUGCGUCAAUGGCACCGCAGGCGGACGCUGCACCACCAGGACCGGCCUGAGGCUCAGACGGACAUGCCUUUUGAGGACCCCUGGGCGGUGGGGACUGUGCCAGGCACCAAUGAUGAUUGACAGCACAAACCCCUCAGAUCAAACAAAGUGCAGGAGGCUGCUCGGAAAAACAGAGCCCCCAGAAAAGAGAACAACCCACGUGCAGGCCUGGGCACUGGCUGCUCUGCUUCUGGUUUAGGCUUUCCUAAUAUCCACCGUGACCUUCCUGCCCCUUCUUCAGGUCUCAGUGCCCAGGGAGAUUCUUCCAGAAAUCCCCAUCUAAAACCACACCCCCUCAUGGCGCUCUCCCCAUGACAAUCAGAAUAAUGUCCCUAACGAUGUCCACAUCCCAAUGUAACCACGGGGGGACAGGGGGCUGGGAUGCCGGGAAGUGUGAGCUGCCAGGUCCCGGGUAGAGGCAGGAUGAUCACUUCAACACAAGAGUUUUUUAGUCCAGUCCCAACAACAUAGCAGAAUUCUGUCUCUACAAAUAAAAAGAUCAGGUGCCUGUGGCUCACACCUAUAAUCCUAGCUACUCAGGAGGAUGUUAUCUGGAGGAUUGUGGUUCAAAUCCAACAUGAGCAGAAAAGUCUGACUAUUUU